GUCGCCAACGUCGGUUUAAGCGCAUGAUUUUUAGGCCAUUCUGUUAAGUCAAUCAUUCUGAACGCGCCAAACGUCUUCAUUUACCAAUACCGUCACUCUGUACCGAGAAAACGCGAUGCCCGGUCCAGAGCAUACUACGCCCCGGCGGGCAAGGCCCCUGGGUACCAUAUGGUGGCUACAGAAGCGAGGCCUCCUGACGGCAGACGGUCGAACCCACGACAACAACGGCCAGAGGCUGUUCUCGAAGGCAGAGGUCUUCGCGGACUUCAAUGUUCCGAAGAGAACUGGCUUCAGGUGGCUUCGUGCUAUUCCUGAACCUCCUCAAGAAACAGCCGAGUCCGAGGAGACCUCGCAAAGAGGGUCGCCAUCACCAUCACCGUUACCAAAGAGGCAGUGCUUCGACCACGAGUAUUAUAUGCGCCGGACGGCCCAUAACCCUCUUAUCGAUAAUAAACGUGGGUUACCGCCUGCCGUGGCCAAUCGCGGCAGCAGAGUCGGGCCUCAAGGUCACCUGUUGCGAGAGGGUA